UUGACAACAAGUUGCCUUGAUUGUGGAUCACAACUUCAUUCUGCCUACUUGGAAUAUAGCAAUUGAUGUGUCCCUGAUGGCCUUCACCAAUUGUUGAAGUUUUAGGGGCUUUCCCACUGACAAAGCCACAGGCUGAUUAAUCAGCCACUCGAUGGGGAUUAACAGUGGAGCACCUCUUUGUGUCGCCUUUCCACCUCUCUGUAGCAAGAAUAACAACUUCAGCACUUCUUCAAUAAUAAUUAUGAAACUGGUAUUAACUGAAUGGCAAUUAUGGAUUUUUAACUCUAACUCACAGUAAACCAGCAAGCCAUAUGUUGAAAUUCCUACCAAAUAGCUUUUCGUUCUUAAUGUCUCAUAUAUAUACAAGAAGUUGCAAGAUACCUGUUUGUACAAGAGGAAUAUAAGCAUUACUUGCCUGAGGAACAGAAGCUGAAAGAGAAGACACCCUAACUUGUUCGUGGAGUUAUGGUAGUAUUAUUUAUAUAGAUAUAACAAAUAUAUAUUUUUUAUGGUAAUGAAAAUGGCUCCCCAGAAUGCUGACUCGGAAUCUAUGCAAGUUCAAGAUCUACCUGUGGCACAGCUUCAGAAACCAGAGAACAAGGAGAAUGAAAGUAGGGAGGAGACCAUUAGUGAAGGAUCCAUAGACCGGAUACCAAUACGCCUGUGGGUGAUGCAUGGUGCAGUAAUGUUUGGCAGGGAAUUUUGUUAUGCCAUGGAGACAGCUUUGGUAACACCGGUAUUGUUACAAAUUGGUCUUCCUGAACAAUACUACAGCCUCACUUGGUUCCUUAGCCCUAUCCUGGGUUUGAUCUUCACUCCGCUUAUAGGUUCGGCUAGUGACCGCUGCACACUGAGCUGGGGCCGCCGGCGGCCUUUUAUUCUUGCUCUCUGCAUUGGUGUCCUCUUUGGAGUUGCACUUUUCCUUAAUGGUUCUGUUAUAGGUCUGGCUAUUGGUGAUGUCCCAGACAAGCAGCCCAUUGGUAUAGUUCUCACGGUGCUUGGUGUUGUGGUGUUGGACUUUUGCGCUGAUGCAACAGAAGGACCAAUUCGGGCCUAUUUGUUGGAUGUGGUGGACAGUGAAGAGCAAGACAUGGCCCUUAACAUCCAUGCGUUUUCAGCUGGUCUUGGAGGAGCAAUUGGUUAUAUGUUAGGAGGGCUGGACUGGACACAGACCUUCUUGGGUGGUAUUUUUAAAUCUCAAGAGCAAGUCCUUUUCUUCUUUGCAGCCAUUAUUUUCUCUGUUUCAGUUGCUCUCCACCUUUUUAGCAUUGAAGAAGAGCAAUAUAACCCUCAGCAGGACAGGAUUGAUGAUGAAGGAGACACACUUUCCAGUGUCAAAUUCAGUGGUAGUCUCCCCCCUCUGAAUCGACUGAAUGUAAUUAGUGAGGAAGAGCCGUAUGGAGCCUCUAUGUUCCAUGACGAGGUUCAGUCAGAGCAUGAUCUCAAUAUGGAGUUCCUUGAGGUGAACAUUGUAAGAAGUAAGAGUGACUCAGUUCUGCACAUGCCCGAUGCUACGUUGGAAAUUGAAUCGGAGCUGCUUUUUCUGCAUGACAUCGAACCCUCGAUUUUUCAGGAUGCUUCAUAUCCAAACACUCCCCACAAUACAAGCCAAGAGAUCAUGAAGUCCAAACUCAACCACCUGUCUGCUUUCCUCAGGGACAAUGAGAAAGAGGAAGAAAUGUUGCUUGAUAAUCACUUAAAUGAAGAUAAAGUCCCAAACGUGAAUGGCUCCCUACCAAAAGAGUUCCUCAAUGGACAUGCUAGAAUAGGCAUGAAGCAAUCUAGUACUUCAAACUCCAUGCGAAGGCGGAGGCACAUGUUCUACCGUCAGCCAUCUUACACCUUCUCGUACUAUGGAAAAAUUGGCUCUCACCGCUAUCGCUUUCGUCGGGCCAAUGCCAUCGUCUUGAUAAAGUCCUCACGCAGUAUGAAUGAUAUCUACGACAUGCAGAAGCGGCAGCGACAGAGGUACAGACACAGGAAUCAGAGUGGCACAACAAAUUCAAGUGGAGACACAGAGAGCGAAGAGGGGGAAACUGAAACUACUGUCAGACUCUUGUGGUUGUCAAUGCUAAAGAUGCCAAAGGAGCUGCUGAGACUGUGCGUCUGUCACCUCUUAACUUGGUUUUCGAUCAUUGCUGAAGCUGUGUUCUAUACAGAUUUCAUGGGACAGGUCAUCUUCCAGGGCGAUCCAAAGGCCCCUUCUAAUUCAACUGAGUUACAUGCCUAUAAUGCUGGAGUUCAGAUGGGAUGCUGGGGACUGGUAAUCUAUGCUGCUACUGCUGCCGUUUGUUCAGCCCUGUUGCAGAAAUACUUGGACAACUAUGACCUUAGCAUAAAAGUGAUCUACAUCCUGGGCACGCUGGGUUUUUCUCUGGGGACUGCAGUGAUGGCUAUGUUCCCCAACGUGUAUGUCACCAUGAUAAUGAUCAGCACUAUGGGAAUAGUCUCUAUGAGUAUCUCCUACUGCCCCUAUGCGCUUCUGGGACAAUACCACGAUAUUAAACAGUACAUUCACCAUAGCCCCGGGAACUCAAAGCGAGGAUUUGGCAUAGACUGCGCUAUUCUGUCGUGUCAGGUUUACAUCUCCCAGAUCCUCGUGGCCUCUGCGCUUGGUGGCGUGGUGGAUGCGGUUGGCACAGUCAGAGUCAUUCCCAUGGUGGCUUCAGUGGGAUCCUUCCUGGGUUUUUUGACAGCUACCUUCUUGGUGAUUUACCCUGAAGUCAACGAAGAGCCAAAGGAAGAACAGAAAGGACUAGGUCCUCCAGAGACAACCGAGGGCAACGGCACAAGUGCAGAGAAGCCAACUGUGCUGAAGCUCACACGCAAAGGAGCUGCUGUGUCAGAGCUGGAGAGUGAGUCAGCCGUGUGAGGCUGUUGCUUGUUGUUCACCCACAUUCCAGGGAGUGCAGAAACUUUAUGGUUACAGAGAGUCCUCUAGCUGUUAUUCUUCCUUAAACGACAAAGCUGAACGUUUGUAAAGUGCAUCGAAAAUGGUCAUUUUUAAAAAGUGGAGCUACCCAAAGUUUUAUGUUUCUCAUGUUGCAUCCAGAACAAGCCAUUGGCAGUGGCAAGCUGCAGAAGCUCAAAUAUCAACUGGCGUUUUGAUUUCAAGGCUCAGCAGCCCGGACAGCUAGGAAAUUAUGUUAGGUAAUAACAAAAAGGCUUAAUUGUCUUUUCAUAAUGUGGCGCUGACAUCUGCCAAGCUCAUUCAUCAGCUCAUUAAGAUGUUCCAGUUUUUCCUGUAAUUUAAAUUAAGAUCACCUCCUGGAAAACUGAUUUUUGUUUGGUUCCUCAACCCAAGCAGCCCUGCGGCUCACCUGUCUUUCAACCUCACCUUCCCUCUCCCCAGGGAGCACAGGGGACAGCAAAGGGUGCCCAGGAGGGACGAAUACCUUCCACCCCCAGAAGAGAGCAUCUGCUAACAUUAAAAGGCUUUUGAUGCCCUUGUGACCUGCUAAAACUUUAGUAAAAACUCAGGACGUGGUUCAAUUUGACAUGCUCUGGCACAUUUUUUCUUAAAUUUUGAAGUUGCAGGUGAAGCUCUAGCAGCGUUUAGCCAAACUAGGCAUCACCUUAUUUAGCCUGCACCUAUUCAAUCCUUAGUGAUAGCCAAAUUGUAGUAAAUAACCCCCAAAACCAGAAAGACUUUCCUCUCAACAAAUUGGCGGUUCCCAAUGUUAAUUUUUCUUUCUGAUGUAACAUGAACACUAAGCCCUUUCGGUAGCUAAAUGACCAGCUUAUUUUAAAUGCCUCAUAUUAAUAGAAAGCUGCAUAUAGGCAUCUCAUAGCGGAAAAAAAAAGAGAGAAUAUUUAGUUCCUUUGUGAACUGGCCAUAUGACAACUACUUUUUUAUCAACUUAUUAAGUUGGGGCACUAUAAUAGCUCUUGCUGAGUUUAGCAAUGUUUAUAAGCAUGUGUUAAACACAUAAUGUUGUUUUUUGAGGAAAAAGGGAUAAAGAAAAGUAAUGUCACAGAUGAAUGUUUGAGUGUGUAGAUGGCAUAAUGUAUGUAUGAUUUUUAUUUCUACACUGUUGAGCUUAUUUUCUGUUUUAAGGUUAAAAAAAAGAUUUGUUGCAUGAGAACUGUUUUAUUGUGUUCUGCACUUUCUGUUCUUUUUGUAUAAUCUUGAUUUUUUUUCAUUUAUGCAUAGAAAAGAAAAAUCAAUUUAGAAAUAUUCUACUCCAUAAAACAUUGUGUUCCGAUCCGUUGUUCUGAAGUUCGAUCUUAAUAAACAUUUCAGUAAGA